GUUAGCUUUCCACGUGUAUGUGCCUGAGCACAGGGACUGUUGUGUUGUUGUGUGAGCUGAGUGCGUGAGCUGCGGCAGCAACGAUGCCUUCAGUUCAGUAUCUGAGAGAGUUCAUCAACGAGCGACUAACUGCUGCUGCUGAACAAAUAUUCUUGGAGUUUGAAAAAACGAUCGUCCAGUACGAGGAAGAGAUCGACCGUCAGCGCAGACUGCUGGAUAUCACCUGGAAACCCCAAAUCAAGCUGCACAGGACAGAUGUCCCACAGCAACAUGUUCUUAAGAAGGAGAAGGUACCGACUAAGCAGCAGGUCUGUAAUCAGGAGAACAACUCCAGUCUGGAACAGGGGGAAUCAGAAUCUCCGCAGGUUAAGGAGGAACCGGAGGGAGAGCAGCUUGUACUGAAGGAGGAGACGGAUACCUUUAUGGUGACCACUACUUGUGACAAAAGUGACCAAAACGAAACAGAUGGGCAGCGGCUCCUGUUUCUUAGCUCUGCUGUAGCUGAGAACCAAGAUCAGAGACGAAGUGAGAAACUCGAUUCAGAAUCAAUUCGAUUUACGAACAAAAGUCCCAAGAAUGAAAAAGACUCGACAGCAUCAGGGAGUAGGUGUAACUCUGAUAAAAGUAAAAAGUAUUUAAAAUGUGAUGUUUGUGGAAAGGUAUUCCGAUAUAAUUGUGAAAUGACAAGACAUUAUAGAAUCCACACAGGCGAGAAACCGUUUUCAUGCACUAUUUGUGGUAAGGGUUUUGUAUGUACUGGCUCUUUGGGGAAGCACAGAAGAGCUCACACAGGUGAGAAGCCUUAUCCUUGUACAACAUGUGGGAAAAUGUUUGCUUAUAACAGUGAUUUACUGAAGCACCUGAAGACGCACACUGGUGAGAAACCAUAUCAUUGUAAAACAUGUGGGAAAUCGUUCAGCCGUGACUCUAUGUUGACAGAGCACAUAAGAACACACACAGGCGAGAAACCGUAUGGAUGUAAAACAUGUGGGAAAAUGUUUAACUCUAGAACUCAUUUGUUGCGCCACAUGAAAACUCACGCUAAGCGGCGCACUAUCGAUACAAGAUUAUUGGCUCAGUGAGCUGCUUUGAGCUAAAAGUCAGAGGUUUGUGUCACAAAACUUGCUUUUUAAAAUCCGGCUUUAAUUAUCCUGUUCAGGAAUGAAUAAUUGAAAGAGCUAUGAAUAUAAAUAUUAAUUUAAAGGUCAUGGUAACUUAGACUGAACACAUAACUUGUUAAAGAGCAGGUAAAGUUGAGAGGUUUAACUGGAAUGUGCAUGUAUUCAUUUAGUAUGCAGAAAACAUACAAGUGUUGUUAUACUUGAUUCUAAUCUGCUGCUAAAUCUUUUGCACUAAUUUAAUUUUAGCUAUUAGAAGAUGGAUCACAAAAACAAUACAAUGAAUUUAGUUUGGAACAAAGUAAAGCAAAUAUUUUCUUAGGCUUUGGAACUAUAAGCUUUAACGUUUAAAUGGGUCCAGUUUAAAGUAUCAGAGCUCUAGAGAGAGCCACGCGCACACUCUUUUGUCAUACUUUCAGCAAGUGUUUUAUUGGUAUAUUUUUUUUAUGUUCUCUAUAAAUUUUUAAUCAUUUUAUUGUCAUCUGA